AUAGAAACAGUUAUACCUGCGUUAUACUUUAACAUAUAUACCAUUCUAACAACCUGUUUAUACUUGUGUUCAACAAAUGGUCAACAAUAACGCCAAACGUCAAGCUGAUGGUGAUUCAGCUGAUCAUCCGAAGCGCCGUUUAGUUGAUGAUUCUGUCAGUGAUGAUCAUUCCAUAGUUGAUGAUUUACUUAAAAAGGAUCGUCUUACCAAUGACGAGUUCGUUAUUGUUGCAAGCAAAUCAACCCCUGAGCAACGUUUGAGUUUUAUUAGUCGUCAACUAGCCUAUUACUUUUCCAAUGAUAAUUUGGCAAGAGAUGAAUUCUUUCAUACAAAAUUUAGUGAGGAUUCGGCCAAGACUGGCGUAGAGAAUUCUCUUGAUAUUAAGUAUAUUUUGAGCUCGAAGAGAAUGUUAGAGGUAAAGGCCACGGAAGAUGAUCUUAAGAAGGUCGUUUCGGAGAAUGACUAUAAUCUCAGCAUCUUCGAUCAUGAUGGAACUUGCUAUGUUAAGCUCGACAAUCCCCUUCCAGAAUAUGUUGGAAAGAAGUUGUUUGCUAAGAAGAAAAAAUUUGGAGAGACUCCAGAAACUUUUCAUUUGGCAGGCCCCCUUGUAAUUGUAACUAAUAUUCCAUCCAGUGUUACUGAAUGGCACACUGUGAAGCAAUCCAUACAAGACGCAGGAAAGGUUAAGGUCAGAUAUAUAUCAGCCAUUACGGAUGGAGCUUGCUAUGCAUGGUUCUCCAAAACUUUUGAUGAUCUGAAUGCAGUUAAAGAUAUCAACCCAGUUAUCGAUGGGGAGACACUCAAAAUCGAUUUAAUAAAUGACGAAUCGCAUUACAAAAAUAUGAUAUCCGCAAUGACUCUUGGUAGCCUAAAUUCUCGAUCCAAAGAUUUGCAGAGACUUAAAUCAGCUUCUAUGUCAGCUCCACUUGAACUAGGUGGUAUUGCUGUCAGAAAUUUCGGAACUCUUCGCUCUCUGCUUAAUACCUUGCUAGACGAUUCCGAAAUGGGUACUAAGAUACCAUUGGAAUCCCAAGCCGGUGUAUUCCUGAGUUUUCUUUUGGAUUACCAUCCACAUUCCUUCGAAAAAAAGGGUGGAAAUGCCAGCAAAUUAUCCGGAUUUGAAGUUGGACAAAGUGCUAAUAAGGACAAGAAGAACCAAAAAUGCUUUUAUGUAGUGACAAAAUCUGUAGAGGGUGACAAAGAAUUAAAAGAGAGUCUUUCAAUUUCUAAGUGCCUAGAAGAAUUACGUCACGUUGUACAUACAUUGAAGAAAACAGACAGAACAGAUUUUGUCAAAUCGCUAAAAACUGAUGCAUAGGUGGAAGUUAGGAUUCUGGGAUUCUAUAGCUAGAAGCAAUUAUUACUUGUUAAUUGGUUAUAC